AAAUCCUAAAACGAAAUCCUAAAAACACAUAAAACAAACACUCUUUCCUUCCACCUUCUCUCUCUCCCUCAAAAGAAAUGUUUUAAGAUUUGAAACGACGAAAACCGCGGAGGAUUUCAAAUCAACCGAAGAAAUACUUUUGAAAUUUUCUUAUCAGAAGAAGAAGAGAGAGAGGGAGAAAGAGAGAGAUGGCUGCAUAUAGAGCUGAUGAUGAUUAUGAUUAUUUGUUUAAGGUAGUAUUGAUUGGAGAUUCAGGUGUUGGUAAAUCAAAUUUGUUAUCUAGAUUUACGAGAAAUGAAUUUAGUCUUGAAUCUAAAUCAACAAUUGGUGUUGAAUUUGCUACAAGAAGUAUUCAUGUUGAUGAUAAGGUUGUUAAGGCUCAGAUUUGGGAUACUGCUGGUCAAGAAAGGUACCGUGCAAUCACAAGUGCAUAUUACAGGGGAGCUGUUGGUGCCUUACUUGUCUAUGAUGUAACACGUCAUGUUACAUUUGAAAAUGUCGAAAGAUGGUUGAAAGAACUUCGAGAUCACACUGAUGCCAACAUUGUAAUAAUGCUAGUGGGAAACAAAGCAGAUCUCCGCCACCUGCGAGCCGUUUCCACCGAGGAUGCAAAGGCAUUUGCCGAAAGAGAGAACAAUUUCUUCAUGGAGACAUCUGCAUUGGAAUCAUUAAAUGUGGAAAAUGCUUUCACAGAAGUGCUUACUCAGAUUUAUCGUGUCGUUAGCAGGAAAGCUCUUGAUAUUGGAGAUGAUCCAGCAGCCUUGCCCAAGGGACAAACUAUCAAUGUUGGGUCACGGGAUGACGUAUCAGCAGUUAAGGUCGGGUGCUGCUCUUCUUGAUGCUUCUUAAUAAAUGACAGUAUAUACUGAAUUGAUCUAGGGAGAAAGAAACUUUUCCAUCUACGUAGUUUUCGAUUCUUUGUGAUAUUGGUCUAAUGUUUGAAUUCAUCAUUUAAAGUUUUGGCUUAGAAUCUAUCUGUAGAUGGUUUUUGGAAUUCUCAUUGUUGCAGACUCCUCGAUGUUUAUUGCUUUCUUUUAUUUAUAUAUUAUUUAGUCAAUUCCAAUGUUCACAAGAUUCUGUUA